GUUAGUGUCUGGUUGCAACUAUAAAACCACCAAACCACUUCAACCUUUCUCACCUCCUCAUUCCAUAAAUCUCUCUGAGACCUAUUUGAGUUCCAGUGUUUGUUUUUGAGUCCAAUACCCUCAAAUAGAAGCCUUUUUGUUCUGUUUUUCGAAGUUUCAGAACAGAGUGCUCUGUUACUCCUCUGUUUCUUGUUCACCCAUAUAACUUCUUUUAGCCACAAAAGCCAUCCAAUAUUUUUACAGAUUAUUAGUGAACUUUCAUUGAAGAGAGAAGAAAAAUGACGAAGCAGAAAUCCGGAAUCAACAUGGCGAUAACGGUGGCUGUGUCAAACUCGUCGCUUUUCACGACGGCGGCACAGAAGCCGCAGAUGGUGCCAGGUGGGUUCAUGAAUAUUACCAUUUCAAGGAGAAAGCUCCUGCAGCUCCAAGACCUUGAAAUCAAUGGAGCCGCUAGAAUCAACGCUUGGGUUGACUCAAUGAAAGCGUCCUCUCCCACCCAUGUCAAAUCCACACCAUCUCUCUCUGUCUCUGAAGACAAUAGCUCUUGGAUGGAUGACCACCCAUCAGCCCUGGACAUGUUCGAGCAGAUAACAAAUGCUUCCAAAGGGAAGCAAAUUGUGAUGUUUCUCGACUAUGACGGCACACUUUCACCAAUCGUUGAGGACCCCGAUCGAGCUUUCAUGGAUAGAAAGAUGAGAAAAACAGUGAGAAAACUUGCUGGGUAUUUUCCCACUGCUAUAGUGAGUGGAAGGUGCAGAGACAAGGUGUACAGCUUUGUACGAUUAGCAGAGUUGUACUAUGCUGGAAGCCAUGGCAUGGACAUAAAAGGACCAUCAAAAGGUUCCAAAUAUAAGAAAGGUACACAAGGUGUUCUCUUUCAACCAGCCAGUGAAUUCCUUCCCAUGAUCGAUGAGGUUUACAAAGCACUGUUGGAGACAACCAAAUCUACUCCAGGUGCUAAGGUGGAGAAUAACAAAUUUUGUGUCUCUGUGCAUUUCCGUUGUGUUGAUGAAAAGAAAUGGACUGAACUGGCACAACAAGUAAGGUCUGUGGUGAAGGAGUACCCAAAGCUUCGGAUGACACAAGGAAGGAAGGUGUUGGAGAUCCGUCCUACUAUUAAAUGGGACAAAGGGAAGGCCCUUGAAUUCUUGUUAGAGUCACUUGGGUAUGCCAAUUGUACCGAUGUGUUUCCUGUUUAUAUUGGAGAUGAUCGAACGGACGAAGAUGCAUUCAAGGUGCUUAGAGAAAGAGGACAAGGUUUUGGCAUCCUAGUUUCCAAAAUUCCAAAGGAUACUCAUGCAUAUUAUUCUUUACAGGAACCAUCUCAGGUCAUGGAUUUUUUACAGCGGUUGGUUCAGUGGAAGAGAUCUUUGAAAUGGUAAUUGAAGAUGCAAAGAAGACUUGAAAAGAUAAAUGUACCACUGGCAAACUAAUUUGAGUGUAGGGGGUGGGAUGCAUAUAUAUAAAUAUUUUGUUGCUUUGAGAUAAUGAAUGAAAGAACAAGAGGGAAGGGGGGGUGAAAGGAGCAGAACCAUAAAAAAAGAGGCUCUACUUGUUUUUGGCUUUAAGGCCUUGUACAUCUUCUAACUAUCCGUACAAGGGAAAAAAAAUGUAAUUUUGCAAGUUUGUAUGAAUGCAUAUAAGUUUCUCUCUCUCUCUCUCUCUCUCUC